AUGCAUUCAUUCAGUCGCCUCAUUACUUUCUUUCUCGCGGUCGUUACUUUCAUUAUCUUCACGACAACGCAGACUAGCUAUGGACGAGACGCGUUCUGGACUGGCUCCACCACGCGGCUCGAUGUCUCAAACAGCAGGACAAACCUAUCGCAAGAUCCGCUGAAGUUCGACUGGGAAAACAGGAAAGAGCAGUUUCCUGUCGCAAAGUACCAGCAUUUACCUGAACCCGCGCUAGAAGGCCUCCCAACCGUGCAGUAUGAUUUCUCGAUGCGCAUUGAGAAUGGCACAGAUAGAGCCACCCGGCGGCAGAGGAUGGCGCAGAUCAAGGCUGCCAUGAAGCGUGCGUGGGAUGCUUAUCGCCUUAAGGCAUGGCUGAACGAUGAGUUACGCCCGAUUUCUGGUGGCAACAAAACUACCUUUGGAGGGUGGGCGGCGACACUGGUCGAUAGUCUUGACACACUCUACAUCAUGGACAUGAAGCCCGAGUUCGACGAAGCGGUGGAUGCCGCUGUCAGCAUCGAUUUUUCGAAGACCAGCAUGCACUUGAUCAACGUGUUCGAAACCACCAUCAGAUACCUUGGAGGCUUUCUGUCCGCCUACGAUCUGUCAGGAGAUGAACGACUCCUAGCCAAGGCAUUGGAAGUCGCACAUCUGCUCUACGCAGCCUUCGACACUCCCAAUCGAUUGCCGAUUAUGCGCUGGAAUCUUCACUGGGCCACCAAGGACCAGGAACAAGGAGGCGCAGGUAGCCCCAUUCUGGCCGAGAUAGGUUCUCUAUCGCUCGAAUUCACACGCUUGUCUCAGAUCACGGGCGAUCCGAAAUGGUACGAUGCCAUCGAAAGGAUCAUGGCUCUUUUCGACGCACAGCAGCAUCUUUCCGAUCUACCGGGUAUGUGGCCACUCCAAGUCAACGCCGACCAGGCCGACUUCUUCACUGGCUCUACCUUCAGUCUAGCAGCGUGGUCCGACUCAAUGUACGAAUACUUGCCGAAGAUGCAUGCUCUGCUCGGUGGCUCUCCACAGUACUCGAAGAUGUACCAAUUCGCCAUGGAUACGGCGAUCAGACAUGUCCUCUACAAGCCCAUGAUCAAGGAGAACGACACCGUCUUAAUGUCAGGCACAGUCCGUGUCCAAGACGGCCAAGUCUCCCUUCAAUCCGAGCUGCAACACCUGGUAUGCUUUGCUGGUGGCAUGUUCGCUUUGGGAGGGCGUCUGGUCAACAACGCCUCGCAUGUCAACAUCGGACACAAACUCGCAAAUGGCUGCGUUUGGGCGUACAAUCAGUUCCCGACAGGUGUCAUGCCUGAGACGUGCAAUCUGAUCCCAUGCGAAGACGAGACCUGCAAGUGGGACGCGGCGAAAUGGCACAUGGCUGUAUCAGAACAUGCCUCAUCUAUGGACAAACGAAACAACACUCGCGCCAGCGACAUCAUCCGAGCUGAACGGCUACCAACCGGAAUCGCUUCAAUCCCAGACAAACGCUACCUGCUCCGUCCCGAAGCCAUAGAAAGCGUCUUCAUCUUGUACCGCAUCACAGGCAACCAAACGCUCCAAGAGAACGCCUGGGAUAUGUUCAGAUCCGUCUACUUCCGAACACAGACGCCUCUAGCCAAUGCAGCGAUGAAGGACGUCACCAACACAACCACACCUACACCCAAGGAAGACAGCAUGGAGAGUUUCUGGACGGCUGAGACUCUGAAGUACUUCUACUUGACGUUCGCAGACCCGGAGUACAUUAGUCUUGAUGACUAUGUCUUCAACACUGAGGCGCAUCCUUUCAAGAGGCCUGUUCCGAAGUUCACUAAACAGACUAAGAACAGCGGCUGGCACUGGAAGUGGAAGUAG